GGUAUCUGUAUUCUUACCUUAGCUCACAAAGGGUUACCAAUCUCCGAGGCAAUACAUCAUUUCCUACACCUAAGUACUUCAGUAUUUAGGAAACAAUCAUUCUGGAGACGUGCAAUGAACUUAUUACUUCAUGGGUCUAUUUACAGUAACAGUGCUAUUAAUAGGCCUUUAGAACAGCACUACGGCCAGAGUACACUAUCCGGUUACUCACCUGCUGUAUCUAGAGGGGUCAAGCUCUUUGUGACUGCAAAGGGAACACCAUGCAGAGAUUAUAUUAUUACUAACUUUUUAGCACCAGACAGUAACAAGGCUCACAACGACUACCAACAUGCACCACCAAAUGUAGCAAAUGGAGGUAUUCAAGUUUGGGAAGCGGCACGCGCAACAAGCGCCGCUCCAGUGAUGUUCACGCCUCAUACUAUUCCUGGUGUAGGGACGUUUCAGGACGGUGGACUCUGGCAGAAUAACCCUCUGGCAGUGGCUUUAUCCGAAGCUAGAGAAAUGUGGCCGUCAGCAAACGUACCUGAUGUUGCUCUGUCCAUUGGCACAGGCUUUCAUAAAAGGACUAGAAGCUCAAAUGCGGAUGAUACGGCAAGGAUAGCUAACGCAGAUCCUAGACGUACAGGGUCUGAUGGGAACGAAAUGGCCAAUACCAGUGAUUAUGUUAUUAUCAACAUUCUGUGGAAGAUCUGUUUCUUUGCUUCAAUUCUUCGACUCUUACUUUCUCUCAUGGAUAGCCCUGCUAUGGAUAGUGAUAAAUGCCAGCGGUAUAUAACCCGUCAUGGUCUUACAGAGCACCAAGCUCGUCAGCGCAUAUUUCGGGUCGACGUUGACUUUCCUGUAGAAUGUCCAAGGAUGGAUGACCUGAAGUCGAUGCAAGAUGUCAGGCAAGAGGCCAUCAAGCAGUUUUCCAGUAACUCAGAUAUUCAAAAUAUUGCCGAACUACUUAUUUCAAGUCUUUUUUUCCUUGAACUGACGGAGCGUCCUUGUCGCCAUGAAAGCUAUAUCAGCUUUCAGGGCCGCAUUCUUUGUGACGUUGGCCCAGGACUGCAGCUUCAACGGCUUUUGUCAGUUCUCGUGGACCACAGGUCUGUGUUUGAAGUUUGCGGGCGCUUAUUUCCGCUUACUGGGAUGAUCAAUAAUGAGGCAGCGACAAUGGAGUUUGAGCUUCACGUUAACGGGACUGUGACGGAAUUCACAAGUCGGUUCACAAUAUCACUUAUUCAAUCACAACCAUCAGGGAAAGUCAGUCGUCCUAUUAGUAGAUCGCCUAUGGACUUAAAAGGGGUCAUGGCGAUUCAAGGAUGGGACUGUCCCUUUAUAGAACGGCCAGUAACAAUAAGAAAAAGAAAAAGGGGACAUGACUUCUCUGGGCGUAAAGGCCUCAAGCCUACAGGAUAUAAGAGAUUGCGAAUAUAG